AUGAUCGAAGACAAUAAGGAGAACAAAGACCAUUUGUUAGAAAGGGGAAGAGCAACUCUUAUUUUUUCCUUAAAGAAUGAAGUUGGCGGACUUAUAAAAGCACUGAAAGUCUUCCAGGAGAAUCAUGUGAAUCUGUUACAUAUCGAGUCCCGGAAAUCAAAGAGAAGAAAUUCUGAAUUUGAGAUUUUUGUUGACUGCGAUAUCAACAGAGAACAAUUGAAUGACAUUUUUCACCUGCUGAAGUCUCAUACUAACGCUCUCUCUGUGAAUCCGCCAGAUAAUUUUACUUUGAAGGAAGAUGGUAUGGAAACAAUUCCUUGGUUUCCAAAGAAGCUUUCUGACCUGGACUUCUGUGCCAACAGAGUUCUGAUGUAUGGAUCUGAACUAGAUGCUGACCACCCUGGCUUCAAAGACAAUGUCUACCGUAAAAGACGGAAGUAUUUUGCAGAAUUGGCUAUGAACUACAAACAUGGAGACCCGAUUCCUAAGGUUGAAUUCACUGAAGAAGAGAUCAAGACCUGGGGGACCGUUUUCCGAGAACUCAACAAACUCUACCCCACCCAUGCUUGCAGAGAGUAUCUCAAAAACUUACCAUUGCUUUCUAAAUAUUGUGGAUAUCGGGAAGAUAAUAUACCACAAUUGGAAGAUGUCUCAAACUUUUUAAAAGAGCGCACAGGGUUUUCCAUCCGUCCCGUGGCUGGGUACUUAUCCCCAAGAGAUUUCCUAUCAGGUUUAGCCUUUCGAGUUUUUCACUGCACCCAGUACGUGAGACACAGUUCAGAUCCCCUGUACACCCCAGAGCCAGAUACCUGCCAUGAACUCUUAGGUCAUGUUCCCCUCUUGGCUGAACCUAGUUUUGCACAGUUCUCUCAAGAAAUUGGCCUGGCUUCCCUUGGAGCUUCAGAAGAGGCUGUUCAAAAGCUGGCAACGUGCUACUUUUUCACUGUGGAGUUCGGUCUGUGUAAACAAGAUGGGCAACUAAAAGUGUUUGGUGCUGGCUUGCUUUCUUCUAUCAGUGAACUCAAACAUGCACUUUCUGGACAUGCCAAAGUAAAGCCCUUUGAUCCCAAGAUUACUUGCAAACAAGAAUGUCUCAUCACAACUUUUCAGGAUGUCUAUUUUGUAUCUGAAAGCUUUGAUGAUGCAAAGGAGAAGAUGAGAGAAUUUACCAAAACAAUUAAGCGUACAUUUGGAGUGAAGUAUAAUCCAUAUACGCAGAGUAUUCAGAUCCUGAAAGAUGCCAAGAGCAUAACCAGCGCCAUGAACGACCUGCGGCAUGAUCUCGACAUUGUCAGUGAUGCCCUUGCUAAGGUUAGCAGGCAGUCAAGUAUGUGACAAUCAUAGUCUUAAUCCACAAAGCCAUCUAGCAUCGGCUCAGAGCUCAGGGGCAACUGAAGACCUGACUGGAGUGACAACUGCUUCUGGCUAAACAAUGCUUUCUAAUCCUACCCAUGUCUGCAUGACACACCAGUUUUUAUUUUGUCUAUUCUUUACUGAAGUAUAAAAUUUAUAUAUCAUGCAAUCUACUAAUUGCCCAUUUUAAUAGAGAAUUUGUUUGACUCAGUGAUAGAUAUACUUUUACUCCAUUUAUCCUUGUUUUUCUUGAGUAAAAUGACCUUUCUGAUCACUUGAUCACUGUUGCAGAGCUAACCCAUAAUUAUUACCUAUGUCUGUUACAUCAUUGAAUUUGUGCUGAGCCCAACUGCAGUCACACAUAUAAAUUUAAUAGGAGACAAGCUGCCCUUGAUGCUAAGAUGAGCAAAAUUAUAGAAAUUUUCACAUAUGAACAUGCCUAGUAAAGAACAUAUAGAUAGUCUAGUUUCAAGUAGUCUAGUCUUAUAGAAAUAGAUAAAUGGAAGUGGAGCUGUGGCUCAAAGGAUAGAGUGCUAGUGUUGAGCAAAAGAGCUCAGGGAUAGUGACCUGGCUGAGUUUAAGUCCUAUAACUAACAAAACAAAAGCCUGAAAUAGCUAAAUAUCAGCUUGAUAUGGUGGCACAUGCCCAUAUUCCCAGCAUUCAGGAAUGAGAGGCAGGAGGAUUCAGUGUUUGACUCUUUUUUUUAAAAAAAGUGGCUAAGUCUGGAAGGGUUGAUUGUAGUAUAAGUCUUAAAAAACAAAGAAUAUCAUGUUUUUUGUUUUUUGUUUUGGUCCGGUCGUGGGGCCUGAA